AUGGUGCUUGCAGUCAUCCCGGUCCCUAGGAGUGACUUUACAGUAGAAGAAGAAAUACUUCAAACACUUUUUAAUCAAGAUGAUUCAUCCCCUGCCAGGGCAGUGGAGAGGAUCGUAGAACGCGGCAUGGAGUUGGCAGAGAGUGCAGAGAACCCACAGCGUCGAAUAUCGAAUCACGCCUAUUACAUCGCGUGCGGCAUUCUCCGUUUCGCCAUGAGCACGCCACAUGAUCAACAAUCAAAAUUGAUUGAAUUUUUGUUGCUCCUUUCCAAAGAAACUGCCCCAGAUACUCAGAAUGCCGGUGUGCUCAAGUGUUUGGAAAUAGAUGCAGUUCUUUGGACAGACAUUCCCUAUGUGAUUAUUGUCUGGCGUGAUUACGUCCACGGUUACGUUCCCGAACAAAUCACAGAGCACAUUAAUAUUGGUGCUACGCUAGCCAGUGAAAGAUUCUAUGCCUUUCUUGCCCAGCUCUCAGAACUGGGCUUCUAUAAAUUGAACGAAACCGUCAGCUGGUGCUAUGAUGCUGUGGCUGGCACCGUCGAUUUUCCAACAGGGGAUCUUGGAGAAGAUGAGAUCCGUCUGCUGUGUCUGUGGCUCAUCUACGCGCCCAACAAACUCCGACAAGAUGCUCUGCUAAGAAGAGAAGAUAGGCCCGCCCCGUUUAGGCCAGAAUUUUGGGACCUAUGGAAAAAGAUUUUGGUCGAGUACCAGGAUAAAUAUGAGGAUAAUGACACCCAAGACUUAAUCUUCAGGGCUCAAGCAAGCAUGGCGAGUGUUGAAAAUCAAUAA